AUGUUGGCUGGAUUGUCUCUCGCAUUGGCUUUGCUGCCCCUGGCCUGGACGGGGGCUGUUGCUCUUCCUCACAAUUCCAACAGGUCUGUUAGUGUCACCGAAUGGGGCGCCACAUGCACCGAGCGACUUCUGCCGGUGCAUCUAGAAAAGACUUCGACCCAGAACUUCACUCUGGACAGCUACGGCCACGAGGUUUUCUAUGCUCUUACUCGCAAGGAGAUCCUUAUCAGCGGCACCUACAAUGUCUCCACCCGCACCUGUAUCCCCAAGGGCGGCGCCAAGUCCGAUACUAUCCAGCUGCUGGCCCACGGCGCCACCUACACCAAGCACAUGUGGGAUUUCGCAUAUCAGCCCGAGCGGUACAGCUGGACCAAGCAUAUGAACGAGGCCGGAUACGCGACCAUGGCCUUUGACCUGAUUGGUGCCGGAAACAGCACUCGCCCCGAUGCCAUGCACGAAGUCCAGACCCAGGCCCACGUAGAGACCGCCCGCCAAUUCAUCAAGGCCCUCAAGGCCGGCGAGAUCGACGGUCACCGCUGGAAGCGUGUUGUAUACGUUGGCUUCUCUAUCGGCGCUGCCGUUGGCAACUCCCUCGCAACGCAGUACCCUACCGCGGCCGACCAGCUCGUCCUCCUGGGCCUGUCAUGGUACACUGACUAUAUCUACCCAGCCCUUCUGAUGAUGCUGCGCGCCGAAGCCAACAAGAUCGACCCACAGCGCUGGGGAUUCAUGCCCGAUCUCUACACCACCAUGCCCAGUCUGGCGACCCGUCGGUUCUCGCAUCUCUACGGGGACUUUGACCAUGGUGUUGAAAUCCCGGACUGGGAGGACCUGGACGCCGACACAGUCGGAGAGGCUGUCAGCUUCAUGUUCCACGCCAAAGAAGCUCCGGAGUACAAGGGCCCAGUCUUCCUGGCUCUUGGGAACAACGAUGUCACCUUUUGCGGUAUUUCUUGUGGAGAUCACCAUCUAGAGGUCUACAACAAGUUCCCAGCCGCCGCGGACCAUCGCCCUCUGCUUUACCCUAAUACCGGCCACAAUAUCCUCCUGCACCGUACUGGCCGCAAGAUGCUGCACGACGUUACUGAUUUCAUUCGCAAGCAUGAUAAAUAG